AAAUAAGGUUUAGUUUUCUCAGGGUGAAAAAAAUUUUUUUUAAAGCAUAUUAUGCAAAAAACUCUUGCUUCUUUUAAAAUAUUGCGGAACUUUUCUGUUAGUUCUAAAAAUAACCGUAAAAUUAAAAAAGAGGCAAUAAAGUCUUCUCAAAACCCAAAUACGAAAGGACCUCACCCAAUUGCUAUUUUAGCAGUGUUAAGUAUUGGAGUUUCAGCAUACGUUUCAUUAGUUAAACAUAGAGAAAAAUAAGAGCUAAAAUAUGACUUCCGAAGCAAAACUUUCAAAAGAUGAUAUGACCGUUUGUUUCAUAUUGGGUGGUCCUGGCUCAGGAAAAGGCACCCAAUGCGCGAAAUUAGUUCAAGAUUUUGGUUUCGUCCACAUGUCUGCUGGAGAUUUGUUACGCGAAGAGCAACAAAGACCAGGCUCUGAAUAUGGAGAACUGAUUCAAAAUUGUAUAAAGGAAGGUAAAAUCGUCCCUAGUGAAGUUACUAUAACAUUACUUGAAAAAAAAAUUAUUGAAAGUGAUUCCAAUCGAUUUUUAAUCGAUGGAUUUCCAAGACAACUUGAUCAAGCUUUGGCUUUUGAAAAAGAAGUAGUUGAAUCUACCCUUAUCAUUUAUUUGGAAUGCUCUGAAGAAGUAAUGCUUAAGCGUCUUUUGAAACGUGGUGAAACAAGUGGUCGUAUUGAUGAUAAUAAAGAAACAAUUUUGAAACGAUUCAAGACUUUUCUUGAACUUAGUUAUCCCGUCGUCGAACAUUUCAGGAAAUCAGGCAAAGUGCAUACAGUACCUUGUGAAGAUAGCGUAGAGGAAGUUUAUGCUAGAGUAAAACCAAUAUUUGCAGAAUUAUUCAAACAAAAAUAAUGAAUUGUUUAUCAUAAUUAUUCUAAUGAACCUGUAUAUUUAUUUAUAUUUAAAUUAUUUGUAUAAUUUAUAAAUUACAUAAUAAAAUUUAUGAUACCUUAGUUAUAUAA